AUGCUCCGUCACAUAAGAAGUCGUCACAGUCCGCGUGGCUGACCUGCGAAAGCACCGGGCCAACGACAUCAGGACUCAGCAGUGCCCGCGGCGUCCGAGUUCGCCGGCGGCGAGGAGCCCAGGAGGAGGAAGGGAGCCGAGGAUGGGCUGUUCAAUCUCGGGGCUCAACGCCCUCUACGACGCGGCGACGGGCGGCGGCGACGUCUGGAUCAACGAGCGCCGCUUCCGCGUCCUCCGCCAGAUCGGCGAGGGCGGCUUUGCCUUCGUCUACCUCGUCAGGGAGCACCAGCCCCCGUCCGACGCCGCGCUCGGCAGGCGCGCCUCUCACGUCUCAGAGGAUGGAACAUAUGCUAUGAAGAAGGUGCUGAUACAGAGCAAGGAGCAGCUGGAUCUGGUGAAGGAGGAGAUCCGUGUGUCGUCACUGUUCAGUCAUCCCAAUCUGUUGCCGCUUCUUGAUCACGCCAUAAUAGCAGUCAAGAAUCAACAGGGAGAUUGGAGCCAUGAAGCAUACCUUCUCUUUCCAGUCUAUUUGGAUGGUACUUUGUUUGACAACGCUAACGCCAUGCUGCCCAGAAAGGAAUUCUAUUCGACAGCUGACGUGCUGCAAAUUUUCCGGCAGCUGUGCGAAGGACUGAAGCACAUGCACAACUUUGAUCCUCCAUAUGCCCAUAAUGAUGUUAAGCCUGGUAAUGUUCUUAUAACCCGUCGUAAAGGACAAGCGCCUGUUGCAACUUUAAUGGAUUUUGGAAGUGCAAGGCCUGCAAGAAAGGAAAUCUGUUCUCGUUCUGAGGCUUUACAGUUGCAGGAAUGGGCUGCUGAGCAUUGCUCUGCACCUUAUCGUGCACCUGAACUAUGGGACUGCCCAAGCCAUGCAGUUAUUGAUGAGAGGACAGACAUCUGGUCUCUGGGAUGCACCCUUUAUGCUAUCAUGUACAAUGUUUCACCAUUUGAAUAUGCUCUCGGUGAAUCUGGAGGAAGCCUGCAACUUGCCAUUGUCAAUGGGCAGUUGAAGUGGCCAGCAGGACCCAACCCUCCUUAUCCUGAUGAACUUCGCCAGUUUGUUACCUGGAUGCUUCAGCCUCAACCUGCAAUGCGCCCUCACAUCGACGAUAUAGUUCUUCAUGUCGACAAGCUUAUCACAAAAUAUUUGUCCUAAACCAGAUUGUACUUUCCAUUCUGUCUCGUUUCUUUGUUACACAAUUACACAAAGUGAAUAUGUAGACUUGUUCAUGCUUGACGUCUUUUGGUCCUUGAAUAGGCGACAAUGAUUUUAUGUAGACGUGAUGGAUUCUUUGUAGAACUUUCAGGUUGUUAUUGACAUCUGUCUAAUGUUUGGGUCUUGUGACUCAGUUAUCUUGUACAAAAAUGUCAAGUGAAUACCAAAAGUUGUUAUAUGAUAAAAAUAUAUUUUUU